CGCUACGUGACAAAGUUGGGCAAGUGCCAGGUGAACCUGGGCAACAUCCAGGAGAAGAAGCGUUUCCUCUCGGACAUCUUCACCACCAUCGUGGACCUCAAGUAUCGCUGGUUCCUCUUUGUCUUCAUGAUGUGCUACAUUGUCACCUGGGUGGUCUUUGGCACAAUCUACCUCUUUGACGCCUGGGUGCGGGGUGAUGUCUGGCACCAGGGCGAUCCCGAGUGGUCCAUGAUCGACGCGAUGAUGGUGGGCUGCAUGUUCGUCAAGAUCUCCCGGCCCAAGAAGCGCGCCCAGACCCUCAUCUUCAGCAAGCACUGCGUCAUCUCCCGCCGGGAUGAGAAGCUCUGCCUGAUGUUUCGUGUGGGGGACCUGCGGGAGAGCCACAUGGUGGACGCCAAGAUCCGGGCCAAGCUGAUCAAGUCCCGGCAGACACCCGAGGGGGAGUUCAUUCCCCUGGAGCAGUCAGAUAUCUGCCACGUCAUCGACUGCCACAGCCCUUUCUGGGACUUGUCAGCCGAGUCGCUGCACCGGGAGCAGUUUGAAAUCAUCAUCAUUCUCGAGGGCAUCGUGGAAGCCACAGGAAUGACGUGCCAAGCCCGCUCCUCGUACACGGAGGACGAGAUCCUCUGGGGGUACCGCUUCGAGCCCUGCAUGUCCCUGGAGAAAGGCGCCUUCCGGGUGGACUACAGCCGCUUCGAUAUGACCUUCGAGGUGCAGACCCCGGUGGCCAGUGCCAAGGAGCUGCACGAGCUGCGGGAGCUGGAGCAGGGAGCACUCCACGCUCAGCCUCUACUGGGACCACCUCCUGCAGCCCUUUGUUCCGCCGGGCACCGGGCCCAGCCACGAGGCCUUC